AUGCAUUUGAAAGUUAAAUUUGAGCAAGGGGGAUGGUGGUUCUUCACUCCUAUUUAUGCAUGUGCGAUUGAAGAAAAGAGAAGAUUAUUGUGGAAUGACUUGAAAGUUAUUGCUAACAAUAUGAAUGAUGCAUGGUUAUUGGCGGGUGACUUCAGCGACAUCAUGAGUGCGGAUGAAAAGAGAGGCGGGGUCAUUGCCUCUGUUCGUAAGUGCAAUACUUUCAAAGAGAGAGUUGAUGCGUGUAAUUUGAUCGACCUAGGUGCAGUUGGACCGAAAUUUACCUGGAGGGGUCCAUCGUAUCAUGGUGGUCAACGAAUAUUCAAAAGACUUGAUGGUGCGCUUGGUAAUGUGAAAUGGCGAUUAGACUUUCCAGAUGGUUAUGUUAAGUGUUGGAAGCGUGAGAGUGAUGGUACUCACAAUUUGAUUAAUGUGGAGAGGAAUUUAAAGACUUGGAAAUUUCAGACUAUUAAUCAAGUUUUGAAUAAGAAGAAAGAAAUUAUGUCAAGAAUUAAUGGAAUUCAUAGAUGUAUUCAGAAUGGACGCAGCAGUGGCAGAUUGUGCAGACUAGAAAAUAAGCUCCAAACUGAAUUGAAUGAUAUUCUCAAAAAGGAAGAAUUAAUGUGGUUUCAACGAUCACGGGUUAAAUGGUUGAUAGAUGGUGAUAGGAACACUCGGUAUUACCAUUUAAAAACUGUUAGCAGAAGGAAGAAGAAUAACAUAAUGCGGAACAGCUACAAGGCAUGGCUACUGAAUUUUAUGUGA